CCCGCCGCGGGCGGAGUCCCAGGCCCCGGCGACCACUUGAGUUGGGGUCGACCCCGCUAACGCUUGGCGGAAGCUCACCCGCCGUCGCCAUGGCAUGCAGUUUGCAGAAGCUAUUUGCUGUAGAAGAGGAGUUUGAAGACGAGGAUUUCUUGUCUGCUGUGGAGGAUGCAGAGAACCAGUUUGCCGGCUCAGGACCUGUGAAUACUGGGUGCCUCAGACCUGUCUCUUCCAGGCCACAGGAGACUGCGCAGGCACAGUCUUCUGGGCAGCUGCCAUUAUGCCCCACUGCUUCUUCAGAGGCUUUGGAUCUACCGACCCUGGGACUCCGCCUUCCUACCUCCAGCAUGCUCAGGGCUGUGAGGGGUCCACCUUCCACAGGAACCGCUCCCCCAAUGACUGUCUCCACUUCCAGCAACUGGACUGGCAAUCAGAGAAGAGUGACACUGACAGAAGUGCUCAAAGAGCCAGCAAGACCGCAGUCCUCAGCCUCCCACUCCCUGCUUACCUUUGAGAGCAAACAGCAGGUGACUGGUGGCUUUGAGGGACCUGAACAAGAUGAAUUUGAUAAGGUCCUGGCAAGCAUGGAACUGGAAGGGCCUGGCAUGGAGCUGGAACUUGGAGUUAACAGUGAGGCAACAGGAAUCCUGCCCACCUGGCAUCAGGAAGACUCAGUAUUAGCUAAAAAGGCUCGGGUAGCUGAUCUGAGCAGAUCUUGCCAAAAGGGCCCCACGCCUGCCACCCAUAUGACUGGUAUCACGUCAGCCCAGGGUCAGCCUCCAGAUCCUGUUGUCCACUGUAGGACUCCACAGCCCUACUUGAGAACUGGUGCUGUGGGUAACCUGCGUAUCCCAACUGCCUCAACAGUUGCUACUCAGCAAACCCACUGGGAAGUCUGUCCCAAAGAUUCCCUACUUCGAGGACCCCAGCCUCUCCAAGCUACUGGGAGGCUUGUUCAGAGCAGCCCUCAAAAUUGUGUCCCCAGUCAGUCAUUCCAAUCUCCAAAUCUCCACUUAAGUAGCAAAUCUAAUUUUCCACGAACUUCCAACUCAAGCUGUUCUACUAUCUCAAGGACUGCCUCUGGGUUUUUCCCUCAGAAGCCCUUACAACCCCGAGUUCCACUGUCUUCUGUCGAGUCUCCUAUCAGCACCCCCAAGGGUCCCCAUUCCUCCCUGGUUUCUCAAGCAGCUCUGCAGACACCUGUAGUCACCAACCACCUGGUACAGCUGGUUACUGCUGCCAACCGGACGCCCCAGCAGCCCAUCCGCACCACCACCCGGACCAAAACACGCCGCUUCCCUGGCCCAGCAGGAAUCCUGCCUCACCAACACGGUGGGAAAAAUCUGGAGGAGAUCAUGGUUUCUGCGCCCCAGACUCCAACUCAUGGUGCUCUGGCUAAAUUCCGAACAGAGGUUGUUCCUAGUUCCCAGACAUCGGUGGAGGAGGAUUUUGGGCGAGGGCCCUGGCUGACCAUGAAAUCUGCCCUAGGCCUGGAUGAGAAAGACCCCACCUGCUUCCUCUGUACCUGCAGUAUUGUCAUGGUGCUGCGGAAGGCAGCCCUGAAGCAGCUUCCCAGGAACAAGGUCCCCAACAUGGCAGUGAUGAUCAAGUCCCUGACUCGGAGCGCAAUGGAUGCCAGUGUGGUUUUCAAGGACCCCACAGGAGAGAUGCAGGGCACGGUGCAUAGGUUGCUGCUUGAGACACGCCAGAAUGAGCUGAAGCCUGGCUCAGUGCUGCUGCUAAAGCAGAUUGGAGUGUUUUCUCCUUCACUCCGAAACCACUACCUCAAUGUGACGCCCAACAACCUAGUCCAUAUUUACAGCCCAGAUUCUGGGGAUGGGAACUUCCUCAAGCCAUCUCAGCCUUUCCUCGAGGAUCCAGGUAGCUUCCAUGGCAGCCUCCAGCAUGAGACUGCAAAGCCCAAAAAAGACCUCAGAACAGCACGGAACCCAGAGGCAGGGGCAUCCCUGGAAGAAGAACUCCCAGAAGCAGAUGACCUGGAUGGACUCCUGAGUGAGCUCCCUGAGGACUUCUUCUGUGGGACCAGCAGUUGGGACUGCCCCAAGGCAGGGUACCCACCAUGAGCAGGCGGCCUCUGAGCACCCAGAACUUGGCCCAAGACUGGCUCUCCUGCCCUGCUGUCCUCCAAGCCCUGGAGCGCAUCGUUGUUCUCCUGCCAGCAGGGAAGGUGUGUCGCUGUCCCACCUCAUCUUGACUUUAGAGGACUUUGGACCUGGUCCCUUUAAUCCCUAAUCCUUGAGGAGCUGAGAGGAGCCACACCACAGCAGUGCCAGUCUGUCCCUGUGCACAGGAAAGGAACACACUCAGACUUCCCUCUGCUUUGUCUCUUGAGGCCUGUAGCUGCCCAGUUUACCUGUGUCCAAGGUUCACAGGUGCGGGGGCAGGGCUGUGGCUAUGGUAUCCUGUUCGGAAAUAAAGCAGCUGCCUGCUUCCCCUGCCUCCCUCUCCUUGCCAUCCUCCACCGCUCCUUGUCCUGUUCACCCUGCCAGUGGUGCUUUGACCAGGCAGAGCCAAGCUACUCAUUUUCUCUCUCUUUUUUUUUUUUAUAAACAUUUUCUUUUAGAUAGUUUUA